AUGCUGUAUUAUGUAGAGGAUAUCCCAGCUACCCUGAGAUUCUUCCAUGGUCUCUUAGCUGCCAAUGCUAAGAUUCUCAUUAUUCUUGUGUCAGGAACUAGUGGCUGGGACAAGCUAUGGAAAAAGUAUGGAUCCCGCCUACCCAGGGAUGACCUCUGCCAGUAUGUCACUUCCUCUGAUCUCACUCAGAUACUGGAUGACCUGGGGAUUAAGUAUGAGUGUUAUGACCUUUUGUCCACCAUGGACAUAACAGACUGCUUUAUUGAUGGCAAUGAAAAUGGAGACCUGCUUUGGGAUUUUUUGACAGAAACCUGCAACUUUAACAAAACAGCACCGCCAGAUCUUAGGGCAGAAAUUAUGAAAGACCUUCAAGAGCCUGAAUUUAGUGUUAAGAAAGAGGGGAAGGUACUUUUUAACAAUAAUCUGAGUUUUAUAGUGGUUGAAGCAUAACUAUAAGUCACAAGUGUUCAGUCAGAAUUUAUAUUUUGAACGAUUGUUUAUUACAUAUUGAUUUACAUAUCAAACACAUAUUUACAUACUAAAGUUAAAAAUUAAUCUUAUAAUAAGGAUAUAUUCUCAUUUCUUAUAAAUGAAAUCUACAAAUUUCCAAGACAUUCUUGGGCUACCACCAGAAUCAUGUGGGCUACUCCCAGUUAUAUCUUGUCCAGUUAGACUAAACAUUACCUAACUGGAAACAUAUGGCUUGAGUUUCAUUGACUUAUUGAUAAUAAAAUCCUUUCCAUUUUUCUCAUUGUACUGGAAAUUCUUGGACUAGUAAGAAAAUAUGUGCCAUCUGUAUUUUGAAUAACAGUAAAGUGACUUUUGUUGAUCCUAUCAUCACAAAAAGUAGAUAUAGUUCUACUUGUAAAGAAGUGUUUAUCUCUCUCUACUUUUCCUGUAAUAGUUUCUAUCAUACUUUUUUAUUAAUAUCAUCAUAAAAUUACAGGCUGGUGGGAUGGUUGUUCCAGAGGACCUGGGUUCAGUUUUCAGCAUGCAUGUCCUAUACCUCACAACCAACUGUGAUGCCCGCUCUAGAGAAUCUGAUGCCAUAUUCUGGUCUCUGUAGGCAUCAAUACUUAUGUGAGAAUAUGCCUCCCACACACAUAAACGUAAAAUAAAUCUUUAAAAAAUGAUUACA